ACAAGAAGUUCCACAAGAGCUUUACAAAGAUGAAAAAUAAAGAGUUUAGACAACAGAAGGGACAUCGUGGCUCUGGGUCAAGGUCACAGCGACCGGACCGACAGAAUGGUGAGUGGCAUGCACGUGCACCACACGCCCCACCAAGUCAGAACUCACGUGACAGCCACGCCCUGCCCAGACCAAUCACCUACACGAAGCUAAAGCACUGGGUAGCGGCCACAGAUGCCGGGCAGCUGGUGCUGUCCAUGACAACAGAGAGACAGCAGCUGGAGGAACUGCUGCACCAACAGUUCAUACCACCCGACUGGUUCUACUAUCUGGUGCUGUCUGUGGGUCAGGCCGUCACAGCCAAGCACCAACGCCAGAGUGUCAUGCAACUGCUUGAGACCCUCUGUGCCAGCAGUUUCUUCGAUGCUCAUUUGAGGUACUAUUUAAGUUUUGCACCACCAGAAUUCUUAGCGGGUGUUUUAAAGUCACUAUCUACGAUUAUACAAAGUAUAUUGGAUAUUUUACCAUCAAAGUCGGAAUUCUGUUUUAGGGCUGCUGUCAAUUUGGGAAAUAUUGUACAAUCAUACGGAAAUGUAAUAAAUCUCACUGACAUUGUGGAAGAUUUGACUAAAAUCUUCAAUAGGAUUCAACAAAAUCAGAAUCAAAUCACUACAGAACAGAACACCGCCGUGUCUUUCAGCAAUGAAGAAAAACCUCCAGAAAAUUUCCGGAAAAUGUCCGUUUAUCCAAUCAUGCAAGAUUUGGAGAGCAGUGCAAGAACAUUUUUCAGGUCAGCCGUAAAGGAGGGGGCUUACAGUAGCGUGGAACAUUACCUGGAUGUUCAGUUCCGUCUGAUGAGAGAAGAUUUCAUCAUACCCAUACGCCAGGGUCUCGCAGAACUCAGGAACAACCCAGGGCGCCAGAAAACAUCAAACUUAAGUCUGAGAAUUUAUCACGGCGUUAGGUUAAUUCAAAAAGUCUUUAGUAGUGAGUUAAGGUACCAACUUGCAAUGAAUAUGGAACAGUUAAAAAAAAUAAACUGGAAUACAACUAAACGCCUUAUAAAAGGUGCUCUUGUUUGCUUGUCAAAAGAUAAUUUUAAAACAAUAAUCGUCGCGACAGUCCAUAGCCAGAAACUACUAAAGAAAGGGAGGAUUUCUGUUGUCAUCAGUAGCGGGUAUGACGCGCUGUACAGAAACAAUUCCGAUGAUCUGUAUAUAAUGGCAGAGGCCGUGAACUUAUUUGAACCUUAUCUUCAUGUUCUAAAAGGUAUUCAGGAAAUGUCUUCGGAGAUCCCAUUCAAGAGAUAUGUAAUCAAGUGUAAGAAGGUGCUAAAGCCUCCAUGUUAUCUGAGUGCGAAUAAAAGUUUAAAGUUCAGUUUGUCCUGUUUGAUGGAUCGCUUUCAAGCUUGGCAGUGUCCGGUGUUGGAGCUGACCAAAUGGCCGAGUGCUGAGAGGAUGUGUCUCAACUCGUCACAGAGGGAGGCAGCCAUGUUGGCCUUGACCAACGAAAUGGUUCUGAUACAGGGCCCCCCGGGGACGGGGAAAACGUACGUGGGUCUUAAAGUCAUGGAGGCUAUCAUGAGAAACGCCAGCGCUGCUUUUGGUCAAGGGCAAGAGACUCCCAUCCUGGUGGUGUGUUACACGAACCACGCCUUAGACCAGUUCUUGGAGGGGAUUUUAAAAUUUUGCGAAAACGGCAUUGUUCGAGUCGGCGGAGGGAGUAAAUGUGAACAGCUGAAGAAGUUUAAUCUCUACGAGCUAAAGCGGAACAGAGAAAAUAACAAAAAAUUUGAUUUUGUUUCCGUGAGAAAAUCACGCGAAGAAUGCGUCAACAACAUGAAAAAGAUUAUAGCAGACAUCAACCGGCUCGAGAAGGAAAUCAAAUAUCUCAAGUGGAAUAUUAAAUCUGAAACAGUGCUCAGGGAUUUCAUUAGUGAUGCUCAUUACAAAUCCUUGUGCAACGACAGCCCUGAUGCUGGUGACACUAACUCUAAAAUAGCUCAGUGGUUGAAUGCUGAUACAGAAAGAGACCAGGAUCUCUUGGAGAAAAAAGUCGAUGAGUUUCUUUACAAGCUCGUACUGAAUUGGGACUACAGCAUCCAUCUUGAUGACGUCACUGAUCCCCUGUGUCUUGACAUCACCGCACGCGCUAGCCUGUACCACACGGCUGUGGUAGACUUCAGGAGAGAGUUAAAGAUAUCUCUGGCAGGUUUAAAUAUGAAGAUCAAAUCAUUGAAAGAUGAUAGCGAGCAAGAGGAGAGAACCCAAGUCUUAAAGCAAAAAGAACAUCUAAAGAAAAGGCUCGUCUUAAGUACCAUGAUUAUUUUGCAGGACGCAGAAAUUGAACGUUUCCUUCCAGACUUUUUGUUUGAGAAAAUUAAACGCCACAUGAAACCUUUAAACCUGGACAUCGCAUCAGGGGAGAUAAUCAAAACAUGGAUUCUGGGAGUGAACACGGAAGUCACAGACAAGCUCCGUGACAUUCAGACCUUAAUCUCAGAUAUGGGGAUCAAAUUAGUCGGAGUUUUAAAUAAAGAAACUAGCUCUAAGACCAAAAGCAAAUACAUUGAAGACGAAUAUAAUAACAUUGAUGGCAAUCUGGAAGAUAGUGACUCCUCUGAUGGUGAGGAGGAGACGGAUGAGAUGAGUAUAAAAGAUUACAUGAACUACAACAAGAUGUUGGAGGACGUGGACAAGUUGUUUCAUGUUGUACGCGACAGCAAGGAAAGCAACUGGGCAAAGAAUGACCAGAAGAAAACAAACCCCAGAUUCACAUCUGAAGGACUUAUACUUGAACCGAUGCCCAGAGAGAGAGCUGAGUCAGUGACUAAUAUCUGGGAGCUCAGUGGAUAUGAGAAAUACGCACUCUACAAUAAUUGGGUUCAAGGCUACCGAAAAGACCUUGAUGUUAAAUUAAAGAAAUUGGUUGAAAAAUACAACGCCGAGUUUAAAAGAAAAGAGGAAAUCGAAAAGGAGAGAACGCUUUUUGUUCUGAAAUCCGCCAAGAUAAUUGGCAUGACAACAACCGGAGCAGCCAAGCACCGCGGCGUCCUGCAGCAGGUGGGUUCUAAGAUCAUAGUGGUCGAGGAGGCAGCCGAAGUAUUUGAGUCCCACAUCAUCACAGCACUGAACGCACAUUGCAACCAUCUGAUCCUGAUUGGUGACCACCAACAGCUGAGGCCGAAACCAAACGUCUACGAGCUGGCCAGAGAUCACGGACUAGAGAUCUCCUUGUUUGAGAGACUCGUCAAGAACAACGUCCCGCAUGCGGUGCUGAAGAUGCAGCACAGGAUGCGGCCAGAGAUAUCGAAGCUCAUGCGUCACAUCUACCCCAGUCUGGAGGACGAUGAUUCGGUUAAGGAAUAUGAAAACAUCAAGGGCGUGGGUAAAAAUAUUUUCCUGAUUAACCAUCACCACGAGGAGUCGAACGUCCACGACAGCUUAAGCAAGAAAAAUGUGUUCGAGGCAGAGUAUGUUGUUGCGCUUUGUAAAUAUCUUCUAACCCAAGACUACAGCCCACAGAAUGUGACUAUACUUACUACCUACGUCGGCCAAGUGUUGGCGAUCAGAAGCCUCGCGAGAAAAAGUGGCCUCAGUUACAAUGUGAGAAUCGCUGCUGUCGACGACUUCCAGGGUGAAGAGAACGACAUCAUUGUACUGUCUCUUGUGAGGAGUAACAAAAUUGACAGCGUUGGCUUUUUAAAAGUGGAAAACAGAAUUUGCGUGGCGCUGUCGAGGGCGAAGAAAGGGCUGUACGUGAUUGGGAACUUUGACCUGUUGGCCUCCCAGAGCACGCUGUGGUCGGCUAUCGUCAAGGAUGCCAAAGAAGAUGACAUCAUCGGGGAGGGGCUACCCAUACGUUGUGUUGACCACCCGGAUCACGUGCUGGCGAUAAAAACAGCGGCUGAGUUUCGCAAGUGCGGGACGGGGUGGUGUGGAGAAAAGUGUGAGCAGCUGCUGCCGUGUGGUCAUGUGUGUGGUCGACCCUGCCACGGGAGCGACCCCAACCACGUCAACUCUAGAUGUAGGAAACCGUGUGGUAAGGUGUGCGGUGAGGGACACCCGUGUAGGAAGAAAUGCUACCAAGACUGUGGGGGUUGCGACACGCUGGUCCAGAAAACUCUAAAGUGUGGUCACGCAGCUAAAAUUGAAUGCGGCGAGGACCCGGAUUACCACGCCUGUCAAAGCCAAUGCUCUAACAUUCUAGAAUGUUCGCACAGGUGUACAGGUACCUGUAACAGAUGCUCUACGUUUGGUAACCACGAAAUCUGUACAGUCCAGGUAAGCUACACCUGGCCAUGUGGGGAUGUCAAGGAGAUUCCGUGUAACCUGACCAAGCAAAACCCACCGUGUACCAGAAUAUGUGAGGUGAUGUUGGACUGCAGGCACAAAUGUACCGGAACUUGUUCUGCGUGCUCCACUGAUGGUCACAAGGUCUGUCAGGACGUCUGUGUUGAGACUCUGCCUUGUGGACACAGGUGUAAAGGCAGGUGUGUGGAUUGUGCUGAUAAUAAACAGCACAAACCCUGUAGAGAAGACUGUGGGAAGAUGUUGAAAUGUGGGCACAAGUGCCGCGGCAAAUGUUCUGAAUGUGAACACGAUUGCCAUCCACCGUGCGCGCAGAGAUGUCAAGCAGAGCUUUCUUGCUCCCACAAAUGCAAGGGAAUUUGUUGGGAAUGUUCAGAAACAGGACAUGAAAAAUGCAUUGAAAAGUGCAGCAGUUUACUACCCUGCAAUCACAAAUGUCAAGGUCGCUGCAGCAACUGCACUGAAAAAGGUCACGCAAGUUGCAGGAGCCCAUGCAGUAAAACUCUAGUGUGCAACCAUAAAUGCAGAGGCACUUGCGGCGAUUGUAUGGAAAAUGGCCACGCUAAAUGUUUGGAAAAAUGUGAUCUGCUGCUUACAUGUUCACACAAGUGUAAGGGAAGCUGUGGGACCUGUCUUGAUACAGGCCACGUCAAGUGUUUAAACACCUGCGGGUCUAAACUACCCUGUCAACACGACUGUAAAGGUGUCUGCGGGGAUUGUCUAGACAACGGGCAUAAGAAGUGCACCAGUCCGUGCACCUUUAAGCUGGCGUGUAAGCACCCGUGUACGGGAGUUUGUAGAGAAUGUCAAGACAAAGGUCAUGCGCAGUGUAUAAGUGUAUGUGGAGCUUCCCUCCCCUGCACACAUAGAUGUACGGGCAAGUGUUUGGAUUGUCCAGUAAAAGGGCACGUUAAGUGUUUGAAGAACUGCAUCGUGUACCUCCCCUGUAAACACAAAUGCAUGGGGAAAUGUGGAGAAUGUUCUUUGUCUGGACAUGCUGAGUGUCGUAGAAAUUGUGAGGCGGAACUUCCUUGUGAGCAUCAAUGCAAAGGAGUUUGUGGCGAAUGUGUUUUAAAUGGCCAUACAAAAUGCCUCGAGCCGUGCGGUGAAAUACUUCCUUGUAAACAUACAUGUAAGGGUGAAUGUGGGACCUGUGCCAGCGGGGUCCACAGUCCGUGUGUGGAGAAAUGCCCAGUCAAGCUUCCUUGUCAGCAUACGUGUAGCGGGGAUUGCUGUGACUGCACGACGGGCCAGCACAGCUACUGUGUCAAGAAGUGCAAGAAACCUCUGCCGUGCGGCCACAACUGUCAGGGAACGUGUGGCGUGUGUACACAAACAGGCCAGCACGCAGAGUGUCAGCAGGAUUGUGGGAACACACUUGUAUGUGGCCACAAGUGUACCGGUGUGUGCGGGAAACCGUGUGUGCCGUGUACGAUGGAGUGUCCGUCUGGUUGCCGACAUCGAACCUGCAACAGCAUAAACCCACAUCAUCGGUGCGGUCAGCCGUGUCCCCCAUGUGAAGAGACAGACUUGAUCGAAUGCCCACAUAACAAGAUGAGCAAACUAUGCCACGAGCAAUGGACGGUAAAACCGUGUGAGCAAAAAUGCACGGAAAUUCUGAAAAUUGUAUCCGUUAAGAAAGGACAAAAAUCCUUUUGUAGACAUCCGUGCGCUGGUAUUUGCGGCGAGACGUGUGUCUGUGUGGUUUGUGAAACAGUACAGCCUGUAAACCCAAAACUUCUUGCUUCAAAAAUUCCUUUUUAUCAGCGAAACCAAAAUCAAGAUCGUUUAAUCAUCAAGAUCCCCUCUUGCUCGCAUAUUUUCUACGUGGAUGAACUAGAUCAUUUUGUAUUCAACUUUGACCCUAAUGGAACCAAAUUUAUUCGGUGUCCCAAAUGUAACAAGCCAAUAACCAAGUGCCAUCGAUACGAUAACAUCGUCAGAGAUCACUUUAUCAAGAGGGAAAGGCUCAAGGCUGAGGGGAAAAUUUGCCUGCCUAAGUCUGUCACUCAAAGUCAGAAGAUGGGCGUCUCCCAGUCAAUGCGAGGGGAGCAAAAUAAAAUUGGAGGGGCGGCUAAUGGGGCGGCUAAUGAGUCGGUUGGUGCGUCAACUACUGGGUCAGCUAGCGGGUCAACUACUGGGUCAGCUAUCGGGUCAGCUAGUGGGUCAGCUAUCGGGUCGGCUAGUGGGUCGGCCAAUAGAUCGGUCAGUAGUUCUGCUACCAGAACAACAGCAACAAAAGACCAAAGCACUAAGAUGUACAACACCCCAGCAAGCUAUAGGGUGCCGUAUGGCUCACAAGACCAAAGCAAUGAGACCUACUACAACCCAGCCGGCUAUAGAAUGCCGUAUGUCACAUAUCCCACACGACCAUUCCACAACCCACACGUAGGACCAGCACCACAUGCCAGAAACUCUACGGCACCAGCUGAGUCGGGACAACAUCCACAACAAACGCUGGACAAGAAAAAACCGAAGCCGCAUGAAAAGCGCAGAAAACGGUUGAAAGAAUACAACAAAAUGUCCCACAACAAAGACGAGACUUGUGCCAGCAACUUGUCCCAGACUCAGGAUACGUCCAGCUCCCCAUCAGCGAGCCCAGAGGGGGGUAGGCUGGGGGAGGAAAGGAGUGAGCGAGCCAAUAACUCCCAGCAUGGCGCCACUAAGACAGAACAGGACACGAAAACUGUUAAAAAAUCAUCAAAAAACAAAAAGAAAAGGUAUUAAGUUGAUUACCAACACAAACGAGUUAUUAACACACAAAAUCAAAUAUUCCUAUAACUGUAUUAACAUUAUUAGUUCUUUAAAAAGUGGACUAUGAACGAAACAAAAUGUAUAUCAAGUUAUUUCCCUUGACCAGAUUUAAAAUACUCUGAAGACGCAUAAGAUUUUCCGCUGGAAAAAAAUUUCCAAAGUAAAUUUUUCAAGUACCUGAUUUUCAAACUAAAAAAUAGUUUUGAAUAUUCAGAUACUUACAACUAUUUCUUUUAUACUUUAUUUUUAGUGUGAUAACAAUUUAAUAUUCUAUUCUUGUAUUUUAAUUUUAAAAAUGUUAAUGCCAUUUAUUAUUGCUUAAAAUCCAUUUUUACCUUAUUUAUAUUUAUUAACUAUAA